AUGAGUGGAACUGGGUCGCGGAGUAGUGGAACGUCAACCCCCCACUCCUCCCCUCCCCCACUUCCCACCCUCCCCCUCCUGCCCUCACCACCCUCCUUCCAUCUGCCUCUUCCUUCCUAUCCACCCUCCCUUGGCCUGCGUGCACAGGUACGUGUGGAACUGGGUGGAGGGGGAGUGGAGAGCAGCACUGGUUAUUCUGAGACUCAACAGGGCGGCUCUUUGUGUUGCGUGGAGUCCCCAAGGUGGGUGAGCAAGGUGAUUCGCAAGAAGCAUGCCUCUUCAGUCACCAGCGUUGCCUGGCAUCCAAACAAUCUUCUCCUAGCGACCACAUGCACAGAUAACAAGUGCCGAAUAUUUUCAGCUACAAUCAAAGGGGUUGACUCUAAGAGUUCGGAAAGCUCAUCGUCUGGUGGAUUCUCCGGGAAAUUUGGAGAGCAACUUCUUCAGCUUGAUUUGGCAUUCGGGUGGACUUUUGGGGCCAGGUGGUCACCUUCAGGGGCCAACCUCGCCUUCGUUGGCCAUGACUCCACCAUCCAUUUUAUCAACGACGUCGGCCCCUCUCUCACCCUCCACUCCAUCUCUCUGCGAUACCUCCCAUUACGCGAUGUUCUCUUCCUCUCUGAUCGGCUGCUGGUGGCGGCUGGCUUUGACUACAACCCCAUUCUCUUCAGUGCCGAUGCCAAUGGCACGUGGACGUUUGUGAGAGUAUUGGAUGGCUCGGAGGAGCCCACCUCCACUGCCACUGGCGCUGCUCUCUCUGCGGUAACUCCCUUACCCCCCUCCCCCUCCCUCUCAUCCGCCUAUUCCCUCUUUUCAGAGAGCUGGAAAACCGUCUUGCUUUUCUGUGUUUAUCUCCAUUUCAAUGUUCUUCUGCUCGCUUUCCCUCGUUGCAUCCCCUUUGUGUGUUAUUUAACCUCUACCAUGAUCCCACCUCUCGCUCCUCAGAAGGACAUGUUUGUCCUUUCUUCUCCCAUCAUCCCUCCCGCUCCUGAGAAGGACACGUUUGGUCGGUCAAUGGAGCAAGGCAAUCCUCUCCGCUCCAGCCUGAGCGAUGCUGCUCCUAACGCCUCUUUGAGACAUCUCAAAAUUCCUCUCUCCUUUCCCAUGACCCCUUCUCCCGCUCCUCAGAAGGACACGUUUGGUCGGUCGAUGGAGCGUGGGAAUUCUCUCCGCUCCGGCCUGACCGACGCUGCACCCAACACCCCCUCCAUUCCCGACUCGGAGUUCUUCUGA